CGUGCGUCCAACUACGCAGACCGUGGAAGCUGCGUAGUGCCUCCUACUUGUGCUACUAUCUUCGACGAGGAUACGUCUCCGCGCACAGUGUUUGAAAAUUGUAUCGUGCGUGCUUUCGACUUCACCUGGCGGCGCCAUCGACUUCGCAAGGAAUCCGAAGUAGGCGAUCAUGAUUCGCUGGCUGCCGCUGUUGCUGGCGUGGGCGGGCUGCCUGGCGGCCGGCCAGUCCCCAGACGCCUCAGACUCAGGCUGGGACUGGGACUGGCAGGUGCAGUUCUUCCCGGAGCUGGUCGGGCAGCUGCCCUCCGACUCCAGCACGUGGGUAGACUUCAACAGCAGCGACCUCAGUGAUGCCGACCGGCGCUGGGGCGUCGUCACCGUGGCCAGCCGUGACCCACACAUCGCUAAGGUGACACCUGAGAGCACACAUUACACACUUCGAACUCAGCACAUGGGUGAGGAUGGUGUGUGGUCAUCAGCAUUCGAGGUGUCAGGUGUAUUUUUAGGACAUACGACUAUGUGGCUGCAAAUGCACAACAACAGCGUGGACGGUCCACUGAUGCGCCGGUCUCCACCUGUGCCCGUCACUGUGGUGCGCCCGGACCGUGCCAUUGACCAUGCCUUCAACUACAGUGUUGCCAUCCUUGCAUCGAUCAUCUACAUCAAUUUUGGUUGCGCACUAGACCUUGCAGUGCUUACAAAGACACUUCGCAGACCCAUAGGACCUGUCAUUGGCCUUGUGUCACAGUUUUUGUUUAUGCCUCUGAUAUCAUAUGUUCUGGGCCUUAUUUUGUUUCCAUCAUCUGCUGCUAUGCAGCUAGGCCUUUUCUUUACUGGAACGAGCCCAGCAGGUGGAGCAUCAAAUAUAUGGACCUAUGCCCUUGAUGGAAAUAUAAAUCUCAGCAUAACAAUGACAACUAUAAGCACAUUUGCAGCGUUUGCUAUGAUGCCUCUGUGGAUUUUUUCUCUUGGCCAUACAAUAUUUGCCCAGGCUCAGAUCACUAUUCCUUAUGUACGAAUUGGGACAAUUGCAUUUGGUUUACUAAUUCCAUUAUUUAUUGGUCUACUUCUACAAAGAUUUUUACCAAAAGUUUCAAAAUUUAUGGUGAAGAUUCUCAAACCUUUUGCUGCAUUGCUUAUCAUAUUUAUCGUGAUAUUUGCAAUCAUUACCAACUACUAUCUUUUUCAUCUAUUUUCUUGGCAAAUACUGUUGGCGGGUAUGGGUCUUCCUUGGAUAGGAUUUUUCUCUGGAUUUCUGGCUGCCAGAGUUCUCCGACAGCCAUCAGAGGACAUAAUAGCAAUAGCAAUUGAGACUGGAGUACAAAAUACAGGCAUUGCCAUCUUCAUGCUCAGAUUCUCAUUGGGUCAACCUGAAGCAGACCUUACUACAGUGGUGCCUGUAGCCGUGGCAGUACUGACUCCUGUCCCCCUGAUCAUCUUAAUAGCAAUCCGAAGGCUGCGCAGGUUUGUUUAUGAUCUGUCUCGACCAGGUCCAGAACUUGAACCACUGGGUCAGCAGAAUACCUCCAAUAAACUGGCCCUUAUUACUCGUCCAGUUACAGAGGUGCCAACUAGUCAUCCUUGACAAGAGUGAUAAAGCAUAGAAGAAUGAAUAUAUGACUUGUAUUGCGAGUGUAGUAAUUGAUAAUUUGAGGUGGUCCGCUGAAGGGCAGCACUGUGAAUGUGGAAACCUGCUCAUGGUGGUUACUAAUGAGUCAUCUGUGAUAUUUUUUCAACCAGACAUCUAACAUUUUUGGCAACUGUCACUAGUUAUAAAUGUUAUAUUGUGAAAUUUUAUGUACUGUUUUAGCAAAGAAAUGUCUUUUCCAAAAAAUGCAUAUAUUUUUGACUGGAACUGAUAUGAACUUUAUUGGGCUGUAACAGUUAAAUAAUUUCUUACUGUGUGUGUGUGUGUGUGUGUGUGUGUGUGUGUGACAGACAUAGAAUUGAGUGGAAGGUGUAUAGGAAAACAGAUGAAGAAGCCAGAACCAAUUGGUCCUGAAUUAAAAUUUUAACACUUAACUGUAACUCCACAUAAUUUGAAUAUUUUUAAAAAUCACACUUGAAAAGCUUAUAACUUUAGUAUGAGUUCAAUGAGUGUACAGCAUAUGUUCUAUACAUUUAAUUUUAUCCAUCUUAUAUUCUUUUCCAGUAAUUAAUCUUCCAAACUGAAUAUAAGGACAAGGACAUUUAACUGGAGAUAAUAGGCAUUGGAAUUUUACAUAAUUAUUUGUGUUAAAUCUUAAACAUGAUUUAAAUUUUUGCAAUGAUUAACACUGUAAGUGUGUUUAAAUUUCAAAUGCAAUGGCAAACACAAAGUAAACAGUUUCAAUGUUAAAAAUCAAAAAAUGAGAAAUAUGAUACCAAAAAAUUAAUAACUUUUAUUAACAUCUUACAAUCUAUGUCUUUUUUUCUUUGAGUUUUAAUAUAAACAGUCAAAAAAAGCUAUAGUUAUGCUUCAGU